GCCAGCGCGAGCUGGAGGAGGCGGCCGCGCGCGAGGAGGCGGAGCGUGCUCGGCUGGCGGCCGCCGAGAAGCUGCGCCAGGAAGAGGCGGAGCGCAAACAGCGCCGCAGCCGCGUGGCCGAGAUCAUGAGCCGCACGCGCAACAACAACGCCCAGGAGAAGACGGAGGGCUUGGAGGGGGAGGAUGAGGCCGCUCCCACCGAGUCGGAGAUGAACGCGGCGAACGCUGCCCCACCAAGCGGGCCAGAGCAAGCGCCCGAGCCAGCGCCCGAGCCGGAGCCGGAGCCGGAGCAGCCCAUGUCGACUGGUUCGAGCCCGGCACACACCAACGGCACCAACGGUCACAGCGGCGGGCCCAGUCCGGAGCCGGCCGAAGACGACCAUCACAGCGACAUCAUCCUGCCGCCGCUACACGCGCUGAGCCUCAAGUCGACGCCCACCGCUGACGAGGACUCGCUCAACUCUAACGACACGUCACAGACGCCGCCGUCUGGUCUGGCGGCCGCGCCGGCCGCCGAGCUCGACCACGCGGCUCCGAUGGCAGAGCUGGUUGCAGUUGUAGUGGCCGGUGAGGAGGAGCAGGAGGAGCCGUAGUGGCGGUGGCGAACGGCGUCAAGCUCCUUCCGUC